AUGCUCGCCCUACCUGCCCGGUAUGGGCGAUGGGUACCGAUUCUGGCCCCAAUCACUCUCAUCCUCCUCUUCCUGCACCUAAACAACAAUCUGGGCACGCAAAAAGCACAAGUCAUCCUCGAACCAGAGCUCCAUCCAACACAAAACAACGAAACAGAGUCUAUACCCAGUCCUGAAGAAACAAAUACAGAAAAACCAACAUCGGAAUCAUGCCGCCCACUUCCGGGCAUCGAAAAUGUACUAGUGAUCAUGAAAACGGGCAUCACAGAAGCCCAAGACAAAGUCCCAGUGCAUCUCCGCACAACACUACGCUGUAUCCCAAACAAACUCAUCGUAUCCGAUUUCGAAGAAGACAUCGCCGGUAUCCGCACCCACGACGUCUUCCGUAACACCAGCGAAUCGCUCCUAACAAAUUCCGACUUCGCAUUAUACAAUCGAGCCCGUGCCGGCGGCCGUGACGCUCUCACCCAAUCCGACUUUACAAAAGUUGCCAACAGUGCAGCAGGCAUGUCCGACAACCCAGGCUGGAAACUGGAUAAAUGGAAAUUCCUCCCCAUGAUCCAAGAAGCACGAGCCUAUCGUCCCGAUAUGCAGUGGUACGUCUUCCUCGAGGCUGAUACGUACACCAUCUGGCCGAAUUUACUCGCCUGGUUGGACCAGUUUGAUUCGUCGGAGAAGUUGUAUCUGGGCAAUCAGAUGCAGAUUGGGGAGGUGAUUUUCGCGCAUGGCGGGUCGGGUUUUGUGCUUUCGCAUGCGGCGCUGCAUGCGGUGGCGGAUUAUCAUGCUGGGCAGGUUGAUCGGUGGAAUUACUUGACGGAGACGCAGUGGGCGGGGGAUUGUGUGCUGGGGAUGGCGCUGGGACAGGUCGGGGUUGAUUUGACUUGGUCCUGGCCGCAUGUUACGAGUCAGUCGGUUUGGGAACAGGAUGCGUUGGGUGAGGCAUUUGGGAAGACACAGUGGUGUUAUCCUGCUUUGACGUUUCACCAUAUGACACCCGCGGAUAUUGAGCUUUUUUAUGAAUUUGAUCGGAGGUGGUUUGCAAAUGAGAACAACACCAUCCUCUUAUACAGCGAUAUCUUCCGCAACUUCGUCCACCCCAUGCUCACCGACCACCUCGACAACUGGAACAACUUUGCCAAAAACGAAGUCAAGCAUGACCCCGAGAUUCGACCAUCCGAGUCCAAAUCCAUCAACGACUGUGCCGAACAAUGUGCCCGAACGGCAGGCUGUCUCCAGUACCGCAUGGACCCGGACGGUAAAUGCUACACUUCCGAAUGGGCCUUACGUGGCCUUCCAACCGAUGGAAUCGAGUCUGGAACAAUGAUGUGGCGUGUCGACGCUGCUGUACAAAAGAAGGGUCAUUGUGAGAUGCCUAGUUGGGUUUUGGAAUAG